GGUGGCGGCCGGGAAGAAGCAGCCAUUUCCAAACAAAGGACUUCCUUCUCUGAGGGGCGGCUUGGUAGGAGCCGAGCUCCCUUAGACCCGGCCAGCCUCCAUCGAGUCUCCAUGCGCACACGCGCGGCUCGCCUCUUUUUUUGGGGGGGGAAGCGCGCGCUCCGGCACCCGCUCCUGCAUCAUCCACACAGGCGCGGGCGCGCGGGCGGAGUCACCAGCCCGCGGAUUUCUCCGGGAGAUCCGGGCGAGCCGGAGACGGCGCGGCAACGCUCUCCUGCCCGAAGCGUGGCCGGGAGAACUCAGAGCGGCCGGCUAAACGUUAAACCUGGGACUCUGGGAGGUUUUCCCUCAGCGGCAGCGGCGGCGACGCUGCGUCGUCAUGGGCGGUCAGGCGCAUCUCUCCCCGCGCUGCCUUGAAGGCGGAAACGGCGCGGUUUUGCGCUCCGUCGGAGGGGGCGGCGGCGGCGGCGCCUCCUCCUCAGCCUGCCGUUGACUGCGAGGGUUGCAGCCGGACGGGAGAGCCGCUUUCACGAGUGGACGACGGGACGCCCGCCUGACAGGCCGGCCCAAGAAGGACAGAUACUGAAGCUGAAGCUCAAACACUUUGGCCACCUAAUGAGGUGGUGAAGAUAGCCAAUGGCCUCCUAAUAAACAGAAGACCUCUUUGAAGCUGAAUGAAGUCUUGCAGUCACAACAAAAAGUUCUGAAAAAAAUAUACAGUAUUGCAGCUAAUUUAUUCCACUGAAACAAUUUUGGAAUGCCUAUAUCUGACACCACUGACAGUCAAAUAUAAUCAUCAUAAUAAAAAAGAUCAGAUUCUCAAACCCUUUGAAGAAGGAAUACAAAGGAUGCCAUCCAUCACAAGAAAUUCAGGUGAGAACGGGAGCGUCGGCGAGGUGAAGAAGCGCUGCGGGGAGACGGAGCAGCCGCAGGCGGGAGAGGUCGCGGAAGGCGGCGGCGAGAGGUCCCCGGCGAUGGAGCCGAUCGUGUCGCCCGAGGAAGGGCCGAACGCCCAGCUUCCCUUGCAGGCGCCCUGCAGCUUCAGCUCAGCGCUCUGCUUCAGCUCGUCCGGCGACGGCAGCGGCGGCGGCGGCGGCGGCGAUGAUGACCAGGCUCCGCAUCCGGAGCUCGACGCCGCCUCUCCUUCCUCCUCCUCGUCCGGCAGCUGCAGCAGCAGCAGCAGCCGCGUGGUGAAGCACCAGUGGGACAUUAACAACGCGGCGCCCGAGUCGGAGGAAGAGGAGGAGGGCGGGGGCAGCAGCAGCAGCCGCGGCAAACCCUCGCCGGUCUCCGUGGGCAGCCCCGAUCCGAUCGGCGAGUCGCCCCUUCAGCCUUUCCCUUCGCAGGCGCCGGCCGAAGAGCCGGAUUUGGUGAUCGAAGUGUCCGGGCGGCGGAUCCGGGCGCACAAAGCGGUGCUGGCGGCCAAGAGCGACUAUUUCCGCGCCCGCUCCUCGCGGGACAUCCUGCGCCUCAAAGGGGUGAGCUACGGGGCGCUGCGCCUGCUGCUGGAGUACGUCUACACGGCGCGCAUGGGCGAGGUGCGGCACGACAACCUGGCCGAGGUGGUGAGCGGCGCCCGCGUGCUCCAGAUGCCCUGCGCCCUGCACUGCGCCGCCGAGGCCAUGCGGGCCCAGCUCAGCCUCGACAACUGCUACCAGCUGCUCUGCCUGGCCAAGAAGCAGCGGCUGGCCGAGCUGCGCGAAGCCGCCUUCCGCUUCAUGAGCGACCACUACCUGCAGGUGCUGCGCGAGCCCGCCGUCUACGGCCGCCUGAGCGGAGCCGAGCGGGACCUCAUCCUGCGGCGCCGCCUGGAGGCCGGCAAGGCCUGCCUGCUGGUGGCCGAGGUGAGCGACGCCUUCGAGCGGCUCGGCGCCGGCAGCCGGCCUCAGAGCCGCGAGAGCAGCCGCCCGCAGAGCCCGUCCUCGGUGGUGUCCUUGGAGGACGGUGGCGCCCUGCUCUACAGCUACCAGGAGGCGGACCAGGAGUGGAGCGUCCUCACCCGACUGCCCGAGGAGGCCAACGCCAAGGGAUGCGCCAUGUGCGUCCUCUACAACUAUCUUUUCUUAGCGGGCGGGAUCUCCACCGGGCCUGGCGACCAGCGGCCCAAGCUGUCGGACAAGGUGUUUUGCUACAACCCCUUAACUGAUACCUGGAGCCAGGUCAAGCCCAUGGGGCAGGCACGCUCUCAGCUGAAGCUCCUGGCCCUGGAUGGGUAUCUCUACGCGGUGGGUGGGGAAUGCCUCUUCACGGUGGAGAAAUACGACCCCCGGUCGGACCGGUGGAGCCCUGUGGCCCCUCUGCCCAAGGGGGCUUUUGCUGUGGCUCAUGAGGCGACCACCUGCAACGGGGAGAUCUACGUGUCUGGAGGCUCCCUCUUCUACCGGCUGCUCAAGUACGACCCCAAGCGGGACGAGUGGCAGGAGUGUCCUUACAACAGCAGCCGGCGCCGCUCGGCUGACAUGGUGGCCUACAAGAGCUUCAUUUACCGCUUCGAUGUGAGCAGCAGCCGUGGGGAACAAGGGCAGAGCGCCGGCGUGGAAGUCUUCCAGUAUAAUACGGUGGCCAAGCACUGGCGUCAGUGUGCUUCCUUUCGCCCUGCUGGCAGCCCGGUCCAACCUUUUCGCUGUGCUGCAUUGGGCAGCACCAUCUAUUGUGUCAACCGGACUGGGAUGUUGAGCUUCAAUUUGGCUCAGAAUGGCGAGGUGGAAGCGAACGGGGGACCUAAAGGCACCUUUGAUACAGAACUGCUCAAAACUCCCUUCGAUGCUAAAGGUCUCCUCCUCCCAUUUGUGCUUAUCCUCCCAGAGAAGGAGAAAAUUGGGGAGCCAGAGAGUCCUCUGUCAUUGUGAGAGAUGACCUGGUGUUCGGGUCGCUGCUUAGCAUGCAGUUUGUCCCUUUUAUCUGUGACGUCAACAACGUAGAGCUUUUACUGAAGCAUGAAUAAGGGCUGGCACAAGCUCUUCAGUCUUGGGUGGUGAUGAUGGUUGGGCUCCAAAGGCAAUAGAAGUAGCAGAAGAUAAUCCGAGGUGGAAAGGCAGCAGUAUGUAACAACUCCUUCGAGGGUAUAGAAGCAAAGGAGAUCAUUGUCAGAAAUGGCUUUAGUUCAUGCAUGUACACACCAUCGUGGGGGAUUAUUGUGUUCCACCUAAAAGUGUUGGCUAGCUGUUCAGAGGCUUCCUUACUGCACUUCAUGUAGGAAAGAAUUCAUCUCUUGGCACUCAUGCAAACCAGCCAGUGAAAAGCUGCUAGAACAGAUUUAAUUGUUGUACCGUAUCUGCGUCCCUUUCCAAUCUAGAAGUAUGUUGGAUCUGUGUAAAAACCAGGAAAAACCCAUUUUAAUUUCAGCUAUGGCAGUGUUCUCUUUGUACAUAGACAUCUUUGAAAGGAGAUUCUUCUAGGCAACUUUUGCUUGAUCUUCUUGCUCUUGGAUGCAAGAAAGGAGCCAUAGGAGAACUAGGAGCAUGUAAGGUGGGAAGGGAUCCUAGUUUUAAUAGGCAAAAAAAAGUUCUUGUAUGAAAAAGCAAUAGGCGAUCAUCCACCUCAUCAUCUUUUCUUGUUUGCAUUUUUAAGUUUAAUGGAAUCUUUAUUGAAGACAUGGCAUUGUGCAACAAUUGUGGGUGAUUUGACAGAAGCAUGACUUAAGGUUUGAAACAAGUAACAUUUCUCCCAUUUGUAUAUGUUGGAAAAAGAAGGAAAGUAAAAAAAAAAAGCACCAAUAUAUCUAAUUCAGUUCUGGGUUUGCUUUUUUUUUUUAAUGUACAACUUUUUUUAGGCAAGAUCAGAAAUAUAUAUAAUCAGUUUUAGUCUUAACAUGCAUUUGUGUUUUUUAAACAUAGUUUUGCACUGUAAUUUGCAUAUUCAAAUCUUUACAACUUGUCAGGAAAGAACGUAUCGACAAAAUUUCAAUAAGGGAAACUUUUGUUUGCGUAAGAUUACUAUCUUCUGCAGAUCAAUACCCAUCAAGGUAAACCAACUGUGGCUUACUUGAAAUGUAUUGAAAGACUUCACUUUUUUGUCCAGAAUCUUUUAAGAGGAAUUUAUUCUUCUGUUACUCAAAUAAGAAAAUGGAUAGUUUUUAAGCCAACUGAUUUCCAUUUUGCACUGGUAGUGUGCUGGAUUGUAAAUGAGACUGGUUUUAUUUUAGUUAAUAAUUUACUUGUCAAGUUCAUUAUAUAUAGAGGUCAUAUCCCUUUUCUUCUUAAAUCCUUUGUUGAGUCAUUGCUUACUAAGCCUGUUGAAAGGAAAGCAUCAGCUUUCAUACAUGUAGAUAUCUGGAACAGAAAUAUUUUCAAUUAAUUUAUCUUUAUUUAAUUCUAUCAGCUGCCCUCCAAAAUGCUGCCUACAAUGAUUUUUUCAAAUUAUCAGUAGCAUAGCUGACACUUCAUAUCCAAUCAUUGGAUUGGCAUGUCAUGCUGAGCCACAAGUUGACUAAUCAUGAUGAGUUGACUUAAGUAAAGCAUGGGUUGGUUCACAGAUCACACUAAGAUUGUGCAGAUUGUAAUGGUUAGGUUUAAUAUCGUGAUAAGCCAGAACCAAGCAAUUCAUGUCAUAAGUUAGUACAUUCUGUUUUUAUUUUUUUAUAAUAAAAGGAAAAACAUAACGCAAACAUAAAAUUAUAUAAAUGCACACAUGCAUAAGGAAAUAACUUAGUUAUUAAAUUGAACUUUGAUCACACAGAGAAGUAUUAAAUCUGACUUUUAUGUCAAUACAGGUAGUCCUCGACUUAUGAGCACAAUUGAACCCAACAUUUCUGUUGCUAAGCAAGACAGUUAAGUGAAUUUUGCCCCUUUUUACAACCUUUCUUACCUCAGUUGUUAAGUGAAUCACUGCAGUAGUUAAGUUAGGAACAUGGUUGUUAAGUAAAUCAGGCUUCCCCGUUGACUUUGCUUGUUAGAAGGUCUCAAAAGAUGGAUCACUUGAUCCCGGGACACUGCGGCCAUCAUAAAUACAUUCCAAUGACCACUUAACAGGUGUAAGUGCGAAAAAUGUUCAGAAGUAACUUGUUCAGUGCCAUUGUAACUUUGAAGGGUCACUGAACAAAUUGAUGUAAUUCGAGGACCACCUGUAUAGGACAAGUUCAAAUAAAUGUGCUUCUUCAAUCCAGGUUUAAAACUGGCUUGACAGUGUCUUUCCACAGGAAGAAAACCAUUUAUUUUUGCAGAAGUCCAUGUAGUUUUUCAUACAUUGUUGAAUCCCAUAUUUUAGAUAAUUGGUUAAACAUUAUCCUUUGAAAUCUUACUUUUCUUUCUAAUGCUCUAUUAAAAUAUUUAUUAAUAGCAAGCCAGAAAGGGACCAGUAUGUAGCAGGCCCAUUAAACAUGUGCCGGUAUUUCUUCCACGGUUUUAAGACCCAACCUACCGAAGAUGAAAUCCAGCUGUUUCCUAACAUGACUGAGUAUGUCUUCAACCAGGGCUGAUUUUGAAAGUCCCGUCUGGUUCAUAAGCAGCUCUGAGCUUGGAGGAAGAAUCUUGCUGGCCUGGGAGCAAAAAAAUACCCCACUUACAAGGAAGUAAUAAUAUAUAUUGCAUUAUUGCAAUACAAUCUCUGCUCCUUAGAUAUUUUGUAAGUGCUGUUACAUACAAGCAUGAAAAGGCAGAGCUUGCCUUGUGAUGCCAUUAACCAUGGACCACUCUGUUGGGAUAAUUGUGAUUAGGAAUCCCUGUGCAUUCUCCCAUCUAUAGUAUUAAUAAGGAAUUUUGUGGACUUCAUUGUAUAGGUGCUUGCCAACAAACUUGUGUUUCCAAAAGAGUCUUACAGAAACUAAUUAAUCCCUUUUUUUAAAAAGUGAAAAAAUCAGUUCCUAAAUCUGUUUUUUAUUCUAUCUUCCUUGAGAUAGGAUAAAAAAAAAAAAAACAAACACAGAUGUAAGAACUUCAUAUCUCUUUUUAUCUUUAUCCAGGUGCAGUUUGGCUAGAAGCAGACUGAGGCGCUCAGCUCUAGAGGGUGGUUUUGAACCAAUAUUCUUUCCUCUCAGCUCAUGCUAAAUAUUCAAACAUACUCAUUUUAAAUCUUUCAGUAUUAACUCUGCUAUUCAGCUCUUAAGCCCUCAAAUAACAGCUUGCUAAAAGGUUGAAUUUAUUUCAGCCAUAGGCUUUUCUACAAAACUGACUGUUUUAUAUAGCAUGCUAACCAGUGAUGAAAUCCAAAUUUUUUUACUACCGGUUCUGUGGGUUUGGUGGGCAUGGCUUGGUGGGCGUGGCAGGGGAAGGAUACUGCAAAAUCUCCAUUCCCAUCCCACUCCAGGGGAAGGAUACUGCAAAAUCCCUUCCCACUCCUGGGGGAAGGAUAUUGCAAAAUCUCCAUUCCUACCCCACUUGGAGGCCAGUCAGAGUGGUAUUUGCUGGUUCUCCGAACUACUCAAAAUUUCCGCUACCGGUUUUCCAGAACCUGUUAGAACCUGCUGGAUUUCACCCCUGAUGCUAACUGAAAAAAAUGAUUUUAGGGUUGGAGUGUUGCACUUGCAGUAGUGACAUAUGGAAUUAUUAUUAUUAUUAUUUUGGUAUUCUUCGUCUUCUAGUCCCUGGGACGUUCACCAACAGGCCUGCAGUGCAAUGGAACAUUAGAGGUGUGAGAAAUUUGUCGACACUUCUCACAUUCUUAUUUUGCAGUCCCCAAGCUGAAGGGUGGAUGGAGGUUUUAUACAGGUAGUCUUCAACAUACAACAGUUCAUUUAGUGACCAUUCAAAGUUAUAACUGAAAAAAGUGACAUGACCAUUUUUCACACGUAUGACCAUUUCGGUAUCCCCAUGGUCACAUGAUUUACAUUUGGAAGCUUGCCAACUGGUUCAUAUUUAUGAUGGUUGCAGUGUCCCGGGGUCAUGUGAUCCCCUUUUGCGACCUUCUGACAAGCAAACUCAAUGUGGGAAGCCAGAUUCACUUAACAACCGUGUUACUAAUUUAACAACUGCAGUGAUUCACUUAAUUAAAUGAUUCACUUAAUAAAUGUGGGAAGAAAGUCGUAAAAUGGGGUAAAACUCACUUAACAAACUUCUCACAUAGCAACAUCAAUUCUGUGCUCAAUUGUCAUAAAUUGAGGGCUACCUAUAGAAGGAAAGAAAGAACUGGGAGAUAGGAUGGGAAUCUUACCCUACUUUCAGCAUAUGAAGAUGGAGGGAAAAAACCUACAGUGCAUGAAAAAUGUUAGGUCUAAGAUCUUUAUUGGUGGUAAUUUGGUACAGAUUUGACCAUGAAACCGGAAGGAGCUAUUUAAAGCGUAUAAUUUAAUUUCAGAGAAGGGCUGUAGAAAAUACCUGAUUAAAAUACUUUUCACAAGAUGCCAACUUUACAAUUUAUUAUUUCCAAAGGAAGCCAGUAAUUCCUGUAAUGAGACAUAUCAGGAGUGAAAAUAAAAAUACUAAUUUAUAUUCGCCUUGGUUUAAAAAUAAAAUAAAAAUAAAUCACUUUUAAAAUUGGCUUUACAGUUGUGAAAUGGUUAGAUGUAUACGUUUAUUUUUUUAAAACAGAACUGGCAGAAUAUCUCUUAAAACUGGUAAAUGUGAAAUUUAAAACUUCAAGUGAGCAUUUUCUAAGAUUACUGUUGCUUAUAUUUUCUUCUGCAUACUCAGAGUUUAGGACCAGGCCAUGACAAGCAUUGAGUAAUAUGUUUGCUUGUUUUACUCAUGGGAAAAAUAUGGUUUUACUAACAAUUGUUCUCCAUAAAUAAACAAACAAACACACAAAUAAUUCAUGUUAGACUAUAGUGAAACUUAUCAAGAUUUACUGUGAUAGUUUAGUUAUAUGCCUCUGGUUUUUUAAAAACAUGAUCCAGUCUGCCAGAGAUCUCUGCUUCUUUCUUACUGUCACCUUGGUAGUUCUUUCUGGUUUUAACAUAAGGAAGCGGGAAGCUGAACGUUAUGCCCAACUAAGUUUAAAUGAUUGCCUGGAAAAUGUCCACAAAUACAUCAAGAGUACUUGUAUUACAUCUGUCAGAGAAAAAGGUUGGCUCUUAAUUCAAUUUAAAAUGCUCUGAAUUAAUUCAGAUGCUACUACAUUCACAAAUAAAGGAAAUAAGUCCAAAUAAACUGAAUUCUGCUUUGCUGCACAUUUCAAGGAAAAAUUAUGAAAUACAGUUUCCUGUAUUUCAACAUUUUGUUUGAGACAGCAAUUUUAUAAACAUCACAAACAAGCUAAACCUUCCACUUUUAUUUUACCCAUUUAACUGGAUAGUAGGUUUUAAUGCUGCAGAAAGUCAGUGCAACUAUUUCAUUUCAUUUCUUUAUUACCCUAAUUGUCUCGUGAGGGUACCUUAAUAUAUCUUCCCUCUGCCUGCUAAUUGUCUUGCUAUAUAUCUUCUCAAAGGCUUUGGGAGUAAUUUGAUGCAGAGAAUGCUGGCUUUCAUCCUAUUAAGCAAGGACACUUCUAUUACUGCAGUUAAGAUUUUUCAUUUCUUUCCUCUCUGGUAUUAUAUGUUCCGGAUUUGCUCAUUUGCCCUUCAAAACCAACUCCAGAACAAAUUUGAUAGUGAAGAGUGGGAGGUAGAGUGAAAGUACUCGACUUAUGACAACAAUUGAAUCCCAAAGUUUUGUUGCUAAGCAGGACAGUUGUUAAGCGAAUUUUACCCCAUUUUACAACCUUGCUUGCCACAGUAGUGGUUAGCUGCAGUUGUUAAAUUAGUAACCCCAGAAUACUGCAACUGUCAUAAAUACAAGUCAGUUGCCAAGUGUCCAAAUUUGGAUCACAUGACUAUGGGGAUGCUGCAGUGGUCCUAAGUGUGAAACAUUGUCAUUCUUUUCAGAGCCAUUAUAACUUCAAACAGUCACUCAAUGAAUGGUUGUAAAUCAAGGACUACCUGUAUUAGAAUUGUGUAAAAAUAUGCUACUGAAUCGAAUCUAAUAAGCAGAUUGGAUGAAAAUGUUGACAAAUAUUACUUUUACUAUUUCACAUAGUUCAGUAAUAUAUAAAUCUCAAGUUCUGCAAUACUAGUAAAAUUGUGUUCUCUUUGAAUUCAAAGUUAGGCACAGUUGAGUAUUUCCAGGACUAUAAUCUGUACUUAAUUACUAGCCAUUUCACUUCAUUUCCUUUAUGUGAGGCCUACAUAAUCAUAGCCAGAUGAUUGAUUCUUUGGGUAACAUAUGAGAUACUUCUGAAUUGAUUUCCUGCUCGAGGCCUUUUGUGUUGUGUUUUUUUUUUUUUUUUGUUCAUACAAAGAUUCCAGAUCACGCCUGUGGCAUCAUUAAUUUUUCAACACUAAGUUGGUUAAAUGAAUUGCUGGCAAGUUUUUACGCCAUGCGUUACAAGUACAUGGAAAAUGAACCGAGCAAUUACACCAAAGGCACUUUGUUUUAUAUAGAUCCUGUUUGUUGCAGGAAGCCUUUCAAAGAAGCAGCUGGGAAAGGAUUUAACCCACUGUCUGAAGUACAAAAGUCUGCAUUUGUAAAAUGAGAUUGAUGCUGACCAUACCUGUCCAAUGAAUCAAACUGAGUAUUUUAUGCCCCAUGAGUUUGCUUGUAAAUGAACACCUGAUCCCAUUUCAACUGCUUGAAAAGAAUAAAUGAUUCCCAUGAAAGCAGAGUCUCUUUUGUACUUUUGGUUAGCAGACAGAGGAGGUGUUUUUAAGAUGUUUUAGCUUUCUGUUCAAGUGGCUUAUAAUUCCCAUUAGAACUUUGUCUCCCUUGCAAUGUUAAGUUUGAUGCAACUAUAGAAAGCAAACAAGGCACCAUCCGGGACAUUUGUGCCUACCUACCUGUAAGCGCUGUUGUACCAAAGCAUAGCUGUAAGGCGGAAAGGUGUGUUGGCAUAUUAGGAGGAUACAGUGUCGACCACUGUUUCAUUCAGUCUGGUCAGGUGUCCAGGCAUAGGUAGCCCUGGCCCUAUACGCUGUUCCUUAUUGACCUCGUGGCAGACGUGGGAGUGGUUGAUGAAAGCGGUGUAUCAGGUACAGCUGCCUUUCAUGAUACAGCAGGAUUGUAUGAUGAAGCCAUAGGAAAAACAGUCUUUAAUCUGCUGUUGUACGAUGCAAAAGUGCCUGGCUUGCAGGUAGUCCUUGAGUUAUGAUCAUUUGUUCGGAGACCAUUCAAAGUUGGAGCAGUGCUGAAUAAAUGGUACUUAACACACAGUCCUUGAAGUUACAGUUGUGUAGUAGGGCUUGAGGCGGAGAGGGUUCAAGCCGGGGUGGUUUGAAUCAGGAUGUGUCCUUGCCUAAAAAGUGGCAGGAUUUGGUUAACAAUGGCAAUGGGAAGUGUCAAGAUUGCCAUUGCUAAGUGGUGCUGUCAAGUGACCUCACGCUAUACAACCGCAUCACUUAACAACGGAAAUUCCAAUCCCAAUUACUGUCAUAACUCGAGGGCUACCUGUACUUGUUUUCUGAAUAACGUAAUUAUGUUGGUAGGAUUUGGUUUUUUAAAAAAAAAUAGUUGAGUUUCUCCAAGUGUUUUGGUGGUUUUAUUUUAUUUUUUGUUUGCUUGCUGUGAAUGAUCCUCUUUGAACCCGUGAGACUUCUAAUUAUAGAUGCUUUUUAUUUCAACUAUUUUAUUCCAACAGCAGAAUGGCUUACAAAGAUUUUUUAUCAGUUUAACUUUAGUGCUAGAAUUCAUAGAGCUCUACUUUACAUCUUAGCAGUUUUCUCACUUGUUCCAUGUCUCAUUCGGUUCUCAACCAGUACUGUGAUUUUUGCUCUAUUCUAGAGUCAGAUUUAAAAAAAAAAAAAGCAAAACAGAGUAAGAGAAACUGUCAUUUUUAUAUAUAUAUCUUUUCAAGGUGAUAUCCCAGUGACUUCAGUUGGAGUUCAUCCCAGAUUAAAUUUGCAAAGUCUACAGUCCCAAAAUGCUUGAUUCACAUAACUCUUUUCAGAAGUAAGAAAUUACUGUAUCAUGGUUGGUGAAGCCGAGAUGUAAUUACAAGAAUAAUUGUAUUCCUAGUCUCAUGGUUGUGAAUUAAAACAAUUUGGGGGAGUUGUAAUCUAGCAUAAUUUGGGAGCCCAGUUUAGGGAAGGCAAAAUUGAAUGAAGCGAAGAUGACCAGUGCGCUGGAGAGGGAUAUUUCAGGUUAAAAAAAAAAAACAUAAUUCUUACAUGGUGCACUUAACUCCCUUUUGACAAUCAAACAACCCUUUUAACCAUUUAUUCAGAGUUGCAUUUCACGGUGGAUUGUUGUACAUUUUGUCAGUCAACUAUGCAAAAAGAAAAGAAAUGUCAUUUAUAUCCCUUCCCCCAUCAGUACAGUCCUUAGGGACUAUGAACGUAGAGGCUAUUGAACACAAAUUAUGGUACACAGGACUGCUGCCAAAUUAUAUCGUCACGAGUCUCAUUUCAUUCUCAUCAGCUUUGAAUGCUGGACUUGUUUCUAGUAUAUUCAAGUUCAACCUUCAACACAUGACCAAGGUAAUUACAAUAAUCAUGACUGUUAAAUUGUUCCCUCCCUGCUACUCCAAUCUGCAGUUCAGGAUCUUUUCCAUAUUAAAAGAAAAAAAUGCAUCAGAGACAUUAUGCAUUGUUUCUGUAAACUGCCUUGGUGUUGCUCUGUAAGAUCUGAAUGAAUUUCUUCUGUGAUUGUGUUAAUGCUCCCGGUUCUUGCUGAUUAACGCAAAUGCUUUGGACGCUGCACAAUUCAAGUGAAUUCCAUGCAGAGCAAGUGUGAUUCGUUAGCAGUUUGUUUUUUAAAAGCCCAGGCAGACACUUCCGCGAAGCUCUUUAUGUAUUUUUGGAACAUGCUAUAUUGGAAUAAAAUAUAAGCAGCAAGCAAAUGCUCCAUGAUGGAAAACAA